UAAAUUAUUUGUACAAUCAUAAUACCUUAGUUACGAAAAAUGCAGUUAAUUUGUUCCAUAUAUAUAAUCAAAAUUUCAAAAUCUAUCACCCUUAUGAAAUGACGGUUGCCUCCACAACGGUUUCUUGCUUCAGAAGCAGACCCAAUCUGUCUCUGUUUCACUCUCUCUUUCAUUGUGGGAAGUCUUCUGCACUUGUUAUCUUUCGCCAACUUUUAGAAGCAAAUGUGAACCCCAAUGCUUUUACUUUUUCGUUACUCAUCAAAGCUUGUCUUUCAUCGUCUUCUUUUGCUUAUGCUUCAUUAAAUUUGGGGUUACAAGCACGCCAGAUUCAAACCCAAUUGCUGAAACGAGGCGUUAACCAAUUUAUUCAUGUAAAUACUUCUCUUAUUGAUUUGUACAUGAAACUUGGUUUUACUUCUCAUGCACACCACCUGUUUGAAGAAAUGGUUUUUAGAGAUGUUGUUUCAUGGAACGUAUUGAUUUGUGGAUAUUCACAAAAUGGAUAUCUUUAUGAUGCUCUUAAAUUUUUUGUAGGCGUGUUAAGAGAGAAUUUUAGGCCUAAUCAAACUACAAUUAUUAGUUUGUUACCUUCUUGUGGUUGUCAUGAGCUGAUUCUUCAAGGUAGAUCCAUUCAUGGGUUUGGAAUCAAAGCUGGCCUUGGUCUGGAUUCUCAGUUGAAUAAUGCCCUUAUCUCAAUGUAUUCUAAAUGUGAUGAUUUGAAAGCAUCCCAACUCUUGUUUGAUGAAAUGGAUGAGAAGAAUGUUGUCUCUUGGAAUACUAUGAUUGGUGCCUAUGGUCAAAGUGGCUUUUAUGAUAAGGCUAUUAUUUGCUUCAAAGACAUGCUGAAGGCAGGUUUUCGACCCAGUUCGGUGACGAUGAUGAACCUUAUGUCUGCUAAUGCUGUUCCGGAAACUGUCCAUUGCUAUGUUAUCAAAUGUGGCUUUACCGAUGAUGCUUCUGUCGUUACUUCGCUGGUUUGUUUAUACGCAAAGCAAGGGUUAACAGAUAUGGCAAAACUGCUUUACAUACACUAUCCCACAAAAGACCUGAUUUCUUUAACAGCGAUAAUCUCUAGCUAUUCUGAAAAAGGCGAUAUAGAGUCUGCAGUUGAAUGUUUUAUCAAAACUAUGCAGUUAGAUAUAAAACCAGAUGCAGUUGCCUUGAUUGGUGUCCUUCAUGGAAUUACUAUUCCUUCACAUGUUGCUCUUGGAUGCGCUUUCCACGGUUAUGCGGUGAAGAGUGGGCUGUCCAAUGAUUGUUUAGUUGCUAAUGGGCUAAUAAGCUUGUAUUCUAGAUUUGAUGAGAUAGAAGCCGCAUUGUCUUUGUUUUAUGAUAUAAGAGAUAAACCACUGAUCACUUGGAAUUCGGCGAUAUCCGGCUGUGUGCAGGCUGGAAGGUCAAGUGAUGCCCUGGAGUUGUUCUCCAAAAUGAACAUGUGCGGACAAAAACCAGAUGCCAUUACUAUUGCCAGUCUUCUAUCCGGGUGUUGCCAGCUUGGUUACCUGCGGAUUGGAGAGAUGCUGCAUAAUUAUAUUCUGAGGAACAAUGUGAAAGUGGAGGAUUUUACAGGAACUGCUCUAAUAGAUAUGUAUAGCAAGUGUGGAAAAUUAGACUACGCUGAAAAGCUAUUUUAUAGCAUCAAGGAUCCAUGUUUGGCAACAUGGAAUUCCAUUAUAUCAGGUUAUAGUUUAUAUGGACUUGAACAUAAAGCUUUCAGCUGUUAUUCUAAACUGCAAGAGCAAGGGUUAAAACCGGAUAAAAUCACCUUCUUGGGAGUUUUAGCAGCAUGCUACCAUGGAGGACUUGUCUGUUUGGGAUUGAAAUACUUCACUAACAUGAUAGAGGAAUAUGGUUUGAUGCCAACUUUGCAACAUUAUGCUUGCCUAGUUGGUCUAUUAGGUAGAGAAGGCUUGUUCAAGGAAGCAAUUGAAUUUAUAAACUACAUGGAAAUUCGACCUGAUUCUGCUGUUUGGGGAGCUUUGUUAAGUGCUUGUUGCAUCCAACAAGAAGUGAAGCUUGGGGAAUGCUUGGCGAAAAAAUUGUUUUUGUUGAAUCACAAAAAUGGUGGGUUUUAUGUAUUAAUGUCAAAUCUUUAUGCCAUUGUUGGGAGAUGGGAUGAUGUAGCAAGGGUGAGGGAAAUGAUGAGAGAUGGUGGAGGAGAUGGAUGUUCAGGUGUUAGUGUUAUUGAAGUGGCAUAUAUUAAUGACUCUAAUAACAACUUAGAUAUGAAGUUUGUCCAUUCAUUAUCAGAAUAGAAGAUUUGGAUCAUGCAAAUAAGCAUCA